AUGGAGGACAACUGGGGGCCCCCCAACUCCAGCAUGCUGGGGGAGCCCUCGUUGCUGGUGGGGAGCAGCUGGGUGGCCGCUUUCCUCUGCUUCAUCAUCCUCCUCACCACGAUGGGCAACUUUCUCCUCAUCCUCCUCAUCGUCACCCAGCGCUCCCUCCGCAACACCUCCAACUACUUCCUGGUGUCCCUCUUCAUGUCCGACCUGAUGGUGGGGUUGGUGGUCAUGCCCCCAGCCAUGCUCAACCAGCUUUACGGCCGCUGGGUGCUGCAGGGUGACUUCUGCUCCCUCUGGUACUCCUUUGAUGUCAUGUGCUGCAGCGCAUCCAUCCUCAACCUCUGCGUCAUCAGCUUGGACAGGUACCUGCUCAUCAUCUCCCCCCUCAAGUACAAGCUGCGGAUGACCUCCUGCAGGGCCCUCUGGCUCAUCCUGGCUACCUGGACCUUGGCUGCGCUGGCCUCCUUCCUGCCCAUCAAGAUGGGUUGGCAUGAGCUGGAGUUCGAGGUCCAGGCCCUGAAUGUUACCUCCGCAGGGGAUGACAACCAGUGUCGGCUGCUGGUCAGCUUGCCCUACGCCUUGGUGGCCUCCUGCCUCACCUUCUUUCUCCCCUCUGCUGCCAUCUCCUUCACCUACUGCCGCAUCCUCCUGGCAGCCCGCAAGCAGGCGGUGCAGGUGGCUUCCCUCACUUCCAACGUGGCCACGGCCACCAUCGCCAAUGAGACCAUGCUGCAGGUUCCCUGUGCCCUGAGCCCACCUGUGGCCACCAGUGAGAGCAGGAGGUUCACCAACAAGCACAGCAAGAAGGCUCUGAAGGCCAGUCUGACACUGGGCAUCCUCCUGGGCAUGUUCUUCGUGGCCUGGCUCCCCUUCUUUGUCACCAAUGUGACGCAGGCAGUCUGCAGUUGUGUCCCUGCUGGCUUCUUCGAUGUCCUCACCUGGCUGGGGUACUGCAACAGCACCAUGAACCCCAUCAUCUACCCACUCUUCAUGAGGGACUUCAAGAGAGCCAUGGGCAAAUUCCUGCCCUGCUGUCAGCACUCGGGGGAGCCUCGUCCUAGCGCCAUCUCCCUCUCCAUGAGGAACUCCAACAGUGGAGCCCGUGCUGCCACAUCCCUCAAGAAUGUCCUCACCUUGCAGGCAGAGACAGACUCGGUGGAGUCUGGGGUGCUGGGGAAUGAGCACAACCUGCUGCCCUCCAGCCAUAGCCCCCGGGCUCUCCCAACCCCUAGCUGCUGUGAGGAGGUCAACAACCUCUUUGACACGGAGCCCCCAGACAUGGACAUGCAGCCCCAGUGCCUGGGCACCCCUGUGGCCUGA